CGUGGUGGAUGAACAUGGAAGAGUGCUUUCCGACUUCUCUCAACUAUCUCAGCUCCGUGUUCUCGGGUUGAUGGAUGUCAUGACCACUUUCCUUCCCAAUAUUCCCGAAGACUUUGACGAGCGACGUGUUCAUACUUCUAAGACGGAAGUUAACGGAAUGUCAUAUGACAUUGCCGACACUAUUGGGAGGAAUGGGUAUCUAACCACGCUCGAUCUCGUCCUGCCCGAAUUCAGAGGGAAGAAGGAUGAGGCACUGUUCGCAAUGUUUGGGCGUACUAAAGCUCUUCUCGGCAACAAUACUCUGUCGAAAUACCUGCAUGACAAUUACGCCUCUGUCUUUACUGAGCAGCUUCUUCAGCUGAAGAAAGACCAGAAAGGGGAGCGAAGGGAUAGCAUACUGGACGCAAUGAGGCACACAUUCCUGAAGCUGAACAGACAGCUCCAUGACAAGCUCUUCUCGCAGCCAUCUCGUAAGAUGUCCCAAGUCAGCGCAUCUACCACCGGUCCUUCUGGACCCGAUUCUUCUCACCUCCAACAGGGAGCCUCGGGCAUCGUGGUAUACAUGGUCGGCCGAACACUGUAUGUUGCUAAUGUUGGGCAUGCCCUUGCUGUCAUCUCGAGCCAAGGGAAUGCAGAACUUAUUUUCAAGAAUCAUGACCCUUAUGACCGGGAUGAGGCGAGGCGCAUCCGGUUCGCAGAGGGCUGGAUAUCAUCGACGGGCCUCAUCCAUAACGAGGUUAACAUGUCUCGAGCCUUUGGAUAUUUCCACGACUUUCCCGUUGUCAAUGCUCAACCCGACAUCUACUACGUUUGUCAGCUAACCGAGCUCAAUGAGUUCGUGAUCAUUGGCAACAGCGGAUUGUGGCAGUAUAUAUCCUACCAGACCGCAGUCGACAUUGCUCACUCAGAAGCUGACCCAAUGAUUGCGGCACAGAAGCUACAUGAAUUUGCCAUAAGCUAUGGUGCGGAUGGAAACACCAUGAUCAUGCCCAUAACAGACUCGCUUGUGGAUCCAGAGGUCUACAGCUCUAUCAAUAAAAAGAUGGCAGGGAAGAAAGCAGAUAUCGUUGAUCGCACCAUUGCUCACUUAGGAGAGGUUUCACCAGCCACUGGGCAUCUCUGCUUGGUAUUCACCGACAUUCGAAAUUCAACACAAUUAUGGGAAGCAAAUGCAGGCAUGCCCACAGCAAUGUGUAUUCACAAUAACCUGUUGCGACAAUAUCUUCGAACUUGUGGUGGUUACGUUGUCAAGACGGAAGGCAACACAUUCAUGUGCUCCUUUCCGACUGCCCUUGCCAUGAUGUGGUGGUGCCUCAUCGUUCAGCUGCAACUUCUCUGUGAACCCUGGCUGCUGGAGAUAUUGAAGUGCCCUAAGGGUAAAGAGGUGUAUGAUGAGCAUGGUCAACUUCUUGCAUGUGGCCUUUCAGUCUGCAUGGGCGUCCACUGCGGUACUCCAGUGUACGAACCAGAUCCUAUCACUGGUCACAUGGAUUACUUUGGGCCCAUGGUCAUCCGAGCCGCUCGUAUUAGUGGGCUCACGCUGGGUGGGCAAAUCAUGUGCAGCGCCAACGUCGUUCACGAGUUGAAUGCCAAGAUCUUUGAGAAUGGCCAGGACACGGAGUACUCAGAGUUUCAACCAACUCAGACCAUCAAGGUGAUCCGGCAAAUGCAGAUAGCCCUUGUCCCUGCCGGGGAAGUGAAGUUGAAGGAGCUGGAGAUUCCAGAGAUGGUUUCCCUCAUUUACCCAGCAGCCCUCUUAGGCCGCCAGGACUUAGAUGCGUCUGGGUCGCAUCUGAGCACAUCUACAUCCACAGCUCGAGUCCAGUUGAGCAUCGCUCAAGUCAGAAACUUAGCUAUGCUAUGCCUGCGUAUUGAGGCCCUGACCUCAGGCUGCAUCUUUUGUCCUUAUCCUGAACAGAAGGAGUGCCUGCCUGACAUUCCAUUGGAGCCUCUCUCCAACAAAGACAUCUUGGAGCCUUCGGUGAUGUAUGGUGAUCUGAACUUGCUUCUCCCCCCGAUGAACGAGAAAACAUCUGAUCUUGAGAUCAUGAUGCACCUGGAUUCACUAUCCUUGUGGCUUGAGAACGCUGUUGCGUGUCUGGCUCUCAAAAACUAUCUGACCAGUCAUCCACCAUCGUGACAGCUCUAGAAGGCCAUGAGGGUAUUGACGAACAGACACUUCAUUUAAUAACUUCGUUGUUAUCUUGCUGUUGACAUUUU